UACAAUAACACUAGAUUGGCUAACGUUAGACGUGGGGAAUAAGAGGUGUUAUAGUUGUUGUAUUUGGUUUAAUUUAACCGUUGUUAAUGGCCUACAACCAUUGAGUCAUUUAAACAGGGAAAUGGAUAAUACAGGGGUUUGCAGCAACAACCGUAAUACCAUAAGGACAGAUCUCAGUUUGCUGCUUGAGUGUCUGAAGUUUCAGAUGAAAUGUCCCGAUUUGCAGAAACAAGCACUACUCGCCAUUCACUCAAUCUGUGAAGAGAGAGAGGAUAAUGUGGACCUGCUGAGAGAAAUGGGAGGUGUGGCAUUUGUGUACAACCUCUCCAAAUCCAGUAUUGUUCGUUCAGAUGUUAAGGAGACUGCACUCUUUACACUUGGCACGUUAGCAGAGGCCAAUGUGUAUUGCAAGAAUUCUCUAUGCAGAAAGGAGACAUUUGCAGACCUUGCUGGUUGUUUGAUGAAAGAAGACCUCCCGCUGACACAGAAGAGAGUGUCUGUGUAUUUGCUGUCUGUGUUGGUAGCCAACAACAAAUCAGGACAGACUUUAGGCCAAACUACUGGCUGCCUGGAUAUUCUACUGGACCUCUUCAGGACGACUUCCCCUCUCUCCACAGAGGCUACUUUCAGAGCAGCUAAUGCUACUCAAACCUACCAACUUUGGGUAUCUGUGUCCAGUGCUCUCUGUGGAUGUAUCAACAACCCUCAGAAUGAGGAGGCUCAGCGUAUUUGUGUCGCAGCCUUUCCCUUAAUAAAAGUCUGGCUUCAGCAGAUUGCUCUGCCACGCACUGAGAUUUUUCAACCCAUUUGUUCCUUCAUAGCAAUGACCGUUGCCAACAACUCUUGUGUUCAGGAGAGUUUUUCUGCCUCCGGGGGUCUGGAUACUCUCACUCUUGCACUGCUUCGUCUAGCUUCUGUGGCAGAUACAAGCUUGUUGUCUUGCCAGCUUUCUGUCACUAUAUCCAAGACCCUGUCAGCUUGCAUCACAGAAAACUCUUCUCUGGCUUCAGGUCUGGCUCAGUAUGGCGUGGUGUCCCACCUCUUCUCCCUGCUGGCUAGCCCACACCUGGACCCCGAGGACAGGGUCUCUGUGUUAUUAACCAUGGGCCACUGCACUGAGGCCUCUGAGGAGCACCAGUUUCAGUUGGUGCAGUGCGGAGGCCUGCCCCUUAUCAUAACCCUACUCACAGAGGAUACAAGUGAGGAGGUUAGGAAGGCUGCUACAUUCAUAUUGCAGACCUGUAAACAGGCCACCAUGUCCUUGGGAGAGCCUGAUCUGAUAGAGAGACGGGGGGAGGGUAAAAAUGUGGACCCUUUUACAAGCACGGAAGGCUUCAGGAACUCAGCCAGAGAGUUGCUGCGCAGGAUUGACCUGCUAGAGAAGAAACCAGCAAAGGAGGCUGAGGAUGAGCAGGAACACACAGACCCAUUAACUUCAACCAAAGGGCUUGGCCAACCGUCUCUGCCUUCAGCCUUACUUCUGCCCCUGCAGCAAAAGGAAAGCGUUCAAACCAUUCCCACAGCACAUAUACAGAAAAGCACUCUUAUGCAUGUAGAAGCAGGGCGUGACGACAACAUUAAACUUCAUACUGUCAGAAACAUGAUCAAGAAUAAGAAUGACAGUGAAGUGAAGCACAUGAGCUCCAAUUUCAGUAUGCAGGAAGAGAAUACUAAAACCAGUGGAGGGGAUGUGAAGCGUUCAAUGUACAAGGCUACCGGAGCCCUGAUGUCUUCCCAUCUGCAGUCACUAGAGGGAGGCAGAGAGCUGCAUACAGCAGACAAUCAGUUGUUUAAGACCCCUCCACCAGUGAGGCACAGUGUACCAAAAGAAAUUAAAUGUACCGAUAAAGAAGAGUUGCAGGACCAGGAAACGAGUAAGGUGGGGGAAAUCCCAGUGGAGGAACGCCCACUCUUUCCUGUCCGGUGUGCAGGUUGUGUGCUACCUUUUGAGAAGGUGACCAGUCGCACUUUUGCGUCUCUCCAAAGCUUCUGCCACCACAGCUGCGAGAUGCACACGGUUCUCCGGGAGGCCACAGAGCGCUUCAGGACUCGUCACUGCGAGCUUCUCUUCAGGAGAGAGUACCAAGACAAAACUGUGGAGCAGACAGACUCAGACUCUGAGAGACUUUCAACUGCAGAGUCACAAAGAAGCUGGAGAAAUCGGAGCGAGGUCUGCCUGACUCCCAUACGUAGAGGAGCAGCGAAAGGCAAGAGCUCGCUGCCAGAACACUACUGGAAGAAGCAGCAUGGCAUCACUUUGACUCCACUGAGCAGAGGAGCUAAAAAGGAGACAGUGACCUUUUAUAACAAGACCGGUCCAACCUUGAUUCCCCUAAAAAGGUCUCAUCUUCCUGAAGAGAGAAGAGGAGGAAAUAAUAGUGGAAAUCGCCCCCUUGAUGAGCUGAGAACUAGCACAGAUCACUCUUCCACUAGAAGGAAGAGGAACAACUUCAGCAGUGAGGAGCUGCGUUACUUACUGUGUGGAGUAAAGACUUACGGCUGCUCAUGGAACUCCAUCUUGUGGGCACACCCCUUCCAACCUGGACGCACCAAUGUUGACCUGGCCAAGAAAUACAGGCGGCUAAUGAAUUCUGAUCCUGAGAUCCUGAGCCAGCCCAUAAUAAUGGCCCCCUGUUACGAAUAGCUUUGAUUCUCUUCACAUUGUAUUGUUUGGAAAGAAAUCCAAAGAAGCAUUUCCUUCAUAUACUUAUAUAUUUAGUACUUUCAGUAUUUAUAAAGAUUGUAUAUGGUUUGCACUGUUUUAAAAUAGUUUUUGCAGCAUGUU